AUGUGGCCUUUUGCGAUUUUAUUAAUUGGUGCCGGUACAAUCCAUGGAGCAGAGUGGUCAUAUGACUAUGAAACCCAAUGGCCUGGGCAAUGCAACGAAGGUACAAUGCAGUCACCCAUCAAUAUAAUGAGCCGUAGUGCACUGGUGGACCGGCAUGGACUUCACAUAAGGGGACCUUUAGUGUUCCGUGGUUAUAACAAGGUCAACGUCACAGCCUAUAAUGAUGGUCACACGUUGAAAUGGACGUUGGUUGAUGAUGCACCGGUUCCGAUGGUGUACGGCGGCCCACUGAGAGGAAACUAUAGCUUCAUGCAAUUUCACCUACACUGGCUCUCUGAACAUGCCAUCGACGGAAUGAAAUAUCCGAUGGAGAUUCACAUGGUGCACAUAAAGACUGGCCUCACGUUGGACGAGGCACUUCAGCGGCCGGACGGCCUCAGCGUUAUUGCUAUCCUUUGUCAGGUAAACAGUGGUGGUGCUAGUGAUUAUGCCCUCGGAGAAAUCGAAAGUUACUUUCCAAAACUGGUGGAGAGGAACUCGGUGUACCCAGAUCCAGCUGUUUUAGAUUUCACACGUCUCUUAAGCCCCGAGCCGCAGUCCUUCUACACAUAUCACGGAUCACUUACGACUCCCAACUGCCAGGAAGUCGUCACAUGGGUUGUAAUGGACAGACCCCUCAUCAUAUCCGAUACACAGUACAAACAAAUAAGUCGAGUCGACGUCGGUAGAAUAGACAACUACAGAAGUCUUCAAGCAGUAGACCGCGAAAUAUACCGAAGCCUUGCGUCAUGUGCCUCCACAGCUUUGCCCGGUCUUCUGGGACUUCUAAUUACUUUCCUGAAUCUCUCUUCUUCACUUUCCACCAUUUUGAGUAAGGGUGUCUGUACAUUAGUCAAUAUAAAGAGAAAGUUUUUGGGCAUUAAGGUUCAAAAUUGCACUGUAAAAACGAACUAA